AUGGGUCUUCAACAACACGCAAAUGAGAAUACGCCUCCGAGCACCAGCAGUGUUCCGAUCCAGGCCAGUGAUCUGCCGCCGGCAGCGCUCGAGCUAGCAGGCAAAUUGUUCGACUUUGCACGACAAGGCAAGACUGAGGAGCUGGCACAAUACGUGAGCGCCGGUAUCCCACCAAACCUCACAAACUCCAAAGGCGACACCCUCCUCAUGCUAGCAGCCUAUCAUGGCCAUGCAGCGACGACAAGAAUGCUUCUAGAAAAGGGUGCAGAUCCAAAUGUCUUGAAUGACCGAGGACAAAGUCCAAUUGCUGGAGCCGUGUUCAAAGGCUCGGACGAGGUUGUUCAGCUUCUGUUUGAGAGACAUGCAGAUGUAUAUGCAGGACAGCCUAAUGCCAUGGACAGCGCACACAUGUUCAGAAAGGAGAAUUACCUAACGCUUUUUGGCGCUGAACAGCAAUAA